AGUGUGAAAACGAUCAGAAAUUCUUUCUUUUGCGACAAUGUCUCGCCUUUUCGCGGGCUUGAAUUUAAUAUAAAAAAUAAUAACAAAAAGGCAAAGCAAAUUGGGUCUCUUAUGAUUUCGCAAGCAAGUUUUUCUGAGUUCUACAAAAAAGUCACCUGGAAAAAGUAUUUAAAGAAAAGUUCUGGAAAAUAAUUAAACCACGGUAAACGCAGGGAAACCCAUAAGAUCGGCAGCUGUGCCAUUAAGCUACCUGAUCGGUGAUCAGUGGAUUACGCGGAAUCUGGGAAAUCAGGUCGGCUGUUAGAAAAUUUGCACCCGGUCCACGGAUUACUUCUAUAACUUACCUGAGUCCGCUAUAAGAAUCACCACUCCGCGCCACAGAGCCACAGUUACAAACUGCAACGUCCAACGUGAACAACCAGAUAACGAGCAAACCUUAAGAUGGUGCUAACCAAUUCAACUCCCAACAACGCUCACAAGCAAAACGAAAUGGUGGUGAACACGGCAGCCAUGAACAGUGAGGACCUCAGCGAGCUUCUGCAGUUGAACGCGGAGAUUGAGGAGCGCCGUCGUUCUAGCCAGCACGGAAACGCCAGCAGCGCCUGCGGCUUGCUCCGGGCUACAAUGACCAGGGAGGAGCUCUUUGAGAUUUCCUCGCUGGACGACGAUCGCUUUUUGACUGCACUGGAGCAUCAGAACUCGUACUUGUCCCCUCGCCGAGUUCAGGUUACCGACCUGGACCUGUCCAGCAUAGAAAAUCUGAUGAAGUACUUCGACGAAGAAGUACCCGUUACGCCCACCAAGACAUUGGGGGCCUCCAAGGCUGCUUCCACAGGAAAGGUGGCCAGUGUAAUAGCCAAGUUGGUCCUCCAGCCAGAUGCGGGCUCUCCGCUCAAGCCGAAGGUGUGUAGUGGGAACCUUAAGAUCAGUGAGCUCAAGCAGAAGUACGAGCAGAAGCCGGUCCUGGAAUUGCCAGGCUCCGCACCGCAGGGAUCGAGAAGGAUGUCCGCCUCUUUGCCAGUGAAAGUGAAGGAGAUGGCCCAGCUGUUCAACUCGAAGAUCAGUCAAGUGAUACGCCGUGCUGAGGAGCCCCACUACGUCCAGCUGCAAAACGAGCUCUCGCCGGAGGUCAAGCCCAAAAAUCACCUGAAGUCGGACCCCCAUCGCCAAGGACCCUGCCUGGUGGCCGAGGAAGUGUUCCGCGAACUGAGCGUCAAGGACAAAGCUCUCCUGUUCAACAAGUUUGUUGGUGACAUGGCAGCCAAACACCCAAAGUUCAACGCACACGCUGCGGAUCUUAAGGCGAAGGUGGAUAAACAGGUGGCCCGCGGCGAGGUGGUGGCGGAACAACAAGCCAGCGUCAAGCAUCUGGCGGAGGAGCUGGAGGCGAAGUGCAUCCUGCAGCCAGGAUCGCCACCGCGUCCAGCAGGAGCCUCGCCGCCCAAGGCGGCCGAGAGCAGAAUGGAGCUAUCUACUCCUCAGCUCCACGUAAGCACACUUACUGUGAUCCUUAAGCCCAGUCCGGAGCGCAGGGCUCCGCAGGCGACCACUCGUCGCUGCCUGGACCGUCAAAGAGAAAGGGACUAUGGCCGAGAGCGAUCCCAAAAACGAAACCUUGCCGCAAUACGCACCGUCCUACCAACGGAGGCCUAUGCGCCGCCAAAGAAGAUCCGCCGCACUCGGCAGGAGCGUAUCGGAUGCGACAACCAAAUGUUUUUUCAGAACGAGCAUCUCGAGAGCCUGUUCUACACUUGGCUCAGUACCGAGAACGGCGUGCAGUUCGACAUAGCUAGUGUGUCCAACAGUCAGCAGACCAUAGAGAUCGCCUCCGAGGAGGGAGAUUACCUGGAACCGCCGACUUUAGAGCAGAGUGCCUCUCCGUUGGCGGAGGUGAGCCAAAAGUCCGCGGUCGAACGGCUCCUGGAGGAGGCCAUAGCCAAGUUGGAAAUUGAGAACAGAGUGAAGGAGGAAACACACGUCGAGGAGAAGGAGGUCGAUACGGCCCAGGCUUCAGAUCACCCUCAUGAUCAGGCUCAGGCUGAGUCGGAGACCGUUCCCGUCACUCCGCGCCGCAUCAAGCGUCAGGCUCCGCCAGUUCCAGCCCCACGGCCAAGUUUGAGUCAAACCCAGUCCAGUGCGUCCAGCUGCAAGCAGUCAGAGGCUGAAGAGAGCGAGUCCGGGUUGUCUACCCUACCCAAGAUAACCAGCGACGAGUCCCAACCUGAGACUCCCAAAGAAGACUUGCAGCCAGGAGACUUCGAGUUUGUAAAGCCCCAAAGGCCGCCGCGAAAGAAGAAGAUGCGUCGAACUCUCACUUGGAAGAAGGAAAACUCCAUCGUGGAGGCCACUGCGGUCACCUCAACGGACUCUGACUCAGACUACAAGCCGCCGGCCUUGGCCCAGACGAAGAAAAAACCGCCGACGAGCUGCAACUUCCCGCUGCCCGAGCAAAGCUUUAUCGAGCUGGACAAGUCGCUGAUGCGCCAUGUGAACUCGCCCCGAAAGAUCAAGUCGGCAUACACGCUGACCGUGAUGUCCUCCCCUUCGCCGAAUGCAGACAGCGAUCAGUCGCCCAGCCAAACCCCAAGGCAAUCCCUCGGCCAAGCCAUGCGGGACAGUUUCGUGGACCAGGGCUUCGAGACGUGUUCAAAUGAUCCGAUGGACAACAGUCCGAUGCGUGGAUCCUCUGCAAGCGGCUCGGACUCUAAGCCCUCCGGGUUCUCAACGCCCGUCAAAGGGCGUCUUGCUUGCAGUCCGGCGCAGCAGCAACUAUUCAGCCCCAUUCUCGCUCAGGAAGGCAAGGAUAGGCCUCGCCGUAGCUCCUUGGCCAUGCAGGUGAUUCGGGAAGACCACCCGCUCGACCUAGACGCCGCCUCCAGCUCGCCAUCCACGCCAUGCAGUGAGCGGGAGUUCUUUGCCAACGCGCCGACCGUCGAACUGAACUCCUUCCAGGACGGGACUCCAGCUAGCCAGCCUAUGUCGUUGUUCUGGGUCACUUCAGGGGACUUCACAGUCUCUUUGGAAAUCUUCAGGAACAGCCCGGAACGCCUCCGUCUGCUUUACGAGAUCUUCACGCAGAAGAGUUGGGAGAUCCGAGAUCUGGCCUUCGGAAUCGACGGCCACAAGUUUACCGGCCGAGGGGCGAGCUCAGACUCUGCUCGGCAGUCGCUGCCAGAGCGACCGCCCAGUGUAGUAGGUUGCUCCCACUACUGGUUCGCCAGCGGAGACUUCGCCGUGCCCUUCAGUGGAAAACUGAUGCCUGGCGAGAAGAUCGAGCGGCUGUUCGCGUUCCUCAACGAGGAGCAGUCCGAGUUGCGCUUCGGCGUGGACCACAUCGAGUUCAGUAGCGUGCCGGAGUUCUGGCCCACCACCCAAAAGUAUUCCAUAGAGAGCAGCUACAGCAUGCUGGUGGGUCUGCAGACGGGCGCCAGCAAUGGCCUGGAGGGGCGCAGCAAGAACUCCUGGCCCAACAAUGGCAGCAGCUUCAACCAGGCGAUCAAGACCAGCGACUUGGACCAGACGGAGUUCGAGACCGACAGCCUAGGCAACAACAGCGGAAGGCUGUCCUUUUCGCCCGACCUUUUCUCCUUAGAUUACGAGCCAGUGCCCCUGGACGAGCUAUUCGCCAAGGCGGCUCCGGUUGCCGCUGCGCCCGCUGCGCCCGCCAUGUCCCUGCCGCAGAUGAUGCAGACGCUGAAGCAGCAACAAAGAAAACUUCGCAGUGUGGAGCAGCGCCUCCGCUGCUACGGCCAACCCUCCAACUUGGCUGACGCCUCGCUGGAGCACUACCGCAACACCCCGCAAUAUGUUCACAAGCUGCGCUCCGUCAUCCGCGCCAUAGACAACAUCGGACGCGAAGACGGCUUCCGUGGCUGCACGAUGGAGCAGCUCGAGAGCUUUAUGUACUUUCUCAGCGAGUACGCGGAUGUCUGCCUGGCCAGCUGCAGCGAGCACAUGGACAAGAUACUCGACACACUGAUGGACCGCAGGGCCGUUCAGGUCUAGGCCGUAGUGCUGCAUAUCUUUAAUUUGACUUUGUAACCAGCUCUCAUUUCAAAUAGUUCUAGACGUCAACAUGUAAUGUUACAAAUAUUUUAAAUAAUAAACUUUAAAGAAAAAAGUUAA